AUGCAGCAAGCAGAACCAUUAGGGAAAAAUAAGCCUGCUUCCGAAGACGUAACUAUGCCAAUAGUUUCAAUGGAACGCAUGCGAGCCAAACCUGGCAUUUUACGUUUGGAUGUCAAUAAGCCAAGGCGUUCAUCAGGUGGUUCUGUUGAGUUUCACCCACAGCCGCAAAUUUUAAGAAGAGAUACUGGAUCGCCGAGCGGAGUUACUUCUCCUCAUCAGCAAUUAUCGGUGACUUGGGCAACACCUUGCAACGAGAAUGCACCAAAAUUAAAAUUCAAAUCAACUUCAUACUAUGCAGACGCAAGUUUAGCGGAAGCAAUCAGUCCUAGCAAUAGAGAAGGAAGGGCGAAUAAAGCACAGGAGGAUAAACUUUAUGAGCCUGGCAGCAAUCUAACAAGCCCAGUGGAUACAAUUGAUUUUCCUUUAACAUGUCACUGUGAUGAAGACAAAAACAACGAAAGUGAUGUUGAUGAUGAUGAGGACUACUCAAUUUCUGUCUCGGCGAUAAUGCAGAGACGUGCCAGUGUACGUGGUAAUCGAAGUAAACGCGGGAGUCGCAAUUCAAGAAGAGCUUCCAGUCCAAUGGAUCACGUUUUAGAUAGUGCUGAGCGACGACGCUCUAGUGUUUAUACAACUAGUUCAGAUGAAGGUACAAAUCAAGAAUCAACACAGGAACAAAUUUUCGAAAAUAUAAGAAUACAUAAAGAAGUAAUUCAAUCUGUGAAAUUACAGCCAUGGCCCAUGAGAAAGAAACUGAAAUUAGUUAGACAGGCAAAAACAUAUGUGGCCAGACAUGAAGGUGCACUGCAGGAACGCUUCGCCAUGUCACGCAGUACAAGAGAUUUGUGGGCGAGGUUCAAAAUUUUAAUGGCAGCGCGUUGGCGGCAUUGGAAACGAGAAACCGCCAGUUUUCUAACGGUUUUGAUACCCUGGGAACUGCGUAUCAAGGAAAUUGAAUCACAUUUUGGUUCUGGCGUUGCAUCCUAUUUCACUUUUCUGCGUUGGCUUAUGUGGGUGAACAUUAUGAUUGCCAUUCCGCUUAUGGCAUUCGUCAUAGGGCCCGAGUAUUUCGCAACAAAAUACAAUGAAAUCGAUCCACGAAAAAAAAUGUCAGAUCAGGAAUUCAAAGUGGCAGGAAAUUUUUUGACAUUUUGGGAGUUCGGCGGUUACUUGAAAUAUUCUCCUAUGUUUUAUGGUUACUAUUCAAGUUUUUCUGGUGCAAGUUCAUUGAGCUAUAAUCUGCCUUUAGCCUAUUUUUUAACAGCUGUUGUCGUUUAUAUAUAUAGCUUUGUUGCUACAUUGAGAAAAAUGGCAGAGAAUUCAAGAAAUUCCAAGCUGUCCUCUAAGGACGAUGAAUGUACUUUUUCUUGGAAACUAUUCACUGGCUGGGAUUUUAUGAUCGGUCACGCUGAAACAGCUCAUAAUAGAAUUGCAUCUGUUGUGGUUGGUUUUCGAGAAUUUUUGUUGGAGGAAGCGGAAAAGAAGAAGGAUAAUCGCAAUUGGCGCAUUAUUUUGCAACGCAUUCUAGUGAAUAUAUUAAUACUGGGGUUGUUGGCUGCCUCUGGAUACACGGUCGUGGCAUUGGUUAAUAAUUCGGAGAAGUUAGCUCGUCAGGAUAAUUGGUUAAGUCGAAAUGCAGUAAACGUAACAAUGACAUUAUUGUCCUUCUUUAUGCCAAUGAUAUUCGAGGCUUUAGGUUUAUUCGAGAACUGGCAUCCACGUCAACAAUUAAGAUUACAAUUAGCAAGGAUUAUGAUACUUAACAUGCUGAAUUUGUAUUCCCUUAUGUUUUCAUUUAUCUAUAAUAUCAACAGCAAAGAAAAACCAUUACAGGAUUUGAAACUUAAAAACGAAAGCGCUACGCAUGAACUGGCAGAUCUGGAGUUACUGUUGGCUGGAUUAGAUUCAAUUACAACUACAACCUUUAGUCUGGAUUACACAACAACUACAACAGAGCUUUUAGAUGAGUCUAGCACUAGUACAACCGGUAUGUCAGAAAGUGAUAUUUAUAGUACUACCAAUGGAAAUGGCAGCACAACAGAUUUAUUUUUGAGUACAACUGCUGCCGCUAUUUACAAUACAAUUAAGCGACUAAAGUGCUACAAUAUAACUGUAAGAUGCUCUGAAUUAACGCGAGUCAAUAAUAAUCGAAACUUAACGACUACUCUACUGCUGCUAAAUCUGACCACAACUAUGAUGCCAAUGACUACCAUCUUAAAUACAGAUGUGCCAACAGAAGAUUCAACAAUUCAUCAACAGGAGACAAUAUGGACCACACUGCCACCUACAAUGAUUAUCAACCCUACAAUGCUAUCUCCUAGUACAAUAACGGAAAGUACAAUUACACAUACAAUUUAUGGUACAACGAAAGGGCUUACAGAAUUUGUACCGACUACAACAGAUAUGGCCACAGCGACAGCAACAGUCAAAGACGUAACAACUUUUGAUUAUAAAGAUACCACAAGUGUGAGUGAUAAAACUUACGUAUCGCCCAAAUUUGAACAGCAACAAUCCACAUCAACAACAAUCCGAUCACCGGGUAAUGAUAGCUUCUUUGAAUAUUACGAUUAUUUUGCUGGAAUGCCAUUUGAAUCUGAAGAUGCUGAUUAUGUGGCGGACAAAAGAAAACAAAUAACAACUUCUAAACCAGAAAAUGUGUUAAAAACUUACAAAGAGACGAAUAAAAAAAAAUCAAAACAGUUGCAUCGGAAAUCAAGAGACUUCCCAACAGCAUCUAAUAUUGAGAAUAUAAGAAACGAAGUAUACCAACAACAGCUACCCAAAACUAAAAACAGUCGUCGCCGCAAUGAGCAACUACCAUCGGCUACUACAACGGCUACUUAUCCAAAUUCAGAUGAAAAACAGCACACAUUUAAUACAGAAUAUUCCAAUUUCCCAAUAACAACAAGAACUGCAGCAAAUGUCGUAACAACUACAAUGGAGACAGAAGCAGAAACGGAAAAAAUGUCACAUCUACUAACCACGUCCGUGAAUAAUGCUAACGCUAACAGAAUUGAAAACGAAGAACUCAUAUCUAUCGAGCCACCAAGUUUAUGGCAACCAAAUGCAAAUCUUAGAAAAAUACUUGAGUAUUUCACAACCUCCACAACGCCCACAAUACCCACUACCUCUGAGACUGCUGCACCCACAACAACCACAACUAUAACUGAAAGCACCACUUUGAGAACUGUGGAUUAUGACACAACUCUACAAUUCAUAGCAGACGAUGAUAUAAUAGAAACCGAUAAGCCAUAUUAUAUUGAUACCAAUGACAAUUUUUUUGAUGACAAUUUUGAUACUUGCAUACGCACAAUCUGUGAGGAGAUCCCAGUGGAGCAGUACGCGAGCACAACAGAAAUAGAUGUGACAGUCACUCCAUCAGCAAUACUAAAUACAACUGACAUCACUACUCGCGCAAGAUCCUUGCAGCAAAUAUAUCAGGAACGCUGGAGGAAAGUCAAUUUUCGCAUCAAGGAGGUGCGCAAAAAUUUAACUAGUAUGUGUUGGGAAACCUCAUUGGGUCAGGAGUUAUCCAAAGUCAUAGUUUACGAAACUAUUAUGUCAAUAGUUGCACCGUUAUGCAUCGAUUUUUUACGAGCGCUUUUUGUAAGAUAUGUUAAUCCGAAAUGGUGCUGGGAUAUGGAAAAAACCUUUCCACAAUAUGGAGACUUUAAAAUUGCCGAAAAUAUUUUAACGUUAAUCAACAAUCAAGGACAAGUGUGGAUGGGUAUUUUCUUUUCUCCAGGUCUAGUACUUCUAAACUUGGUUAAACUAAUAAUAAUGAUGUAUUUCCGGUCUUGGAUUGUACUUACAUGUAAUGUACCACAUGAAGUCGUGUUCAAAGCAUCGAAAUCCAACAAUUUCUAUCUGUCAUUACUAUUAACAAUGUUGUUUUUAUGUGUUCUGCCUGUUGGUUAUGCAAUAGUAUGGCUACGCCCUUCAUGGCAUUGUGGACCUUUUUCAGAUUACAAUCGCAUUUCAGAAUUUAUAACAAAUACCACUAGAAAUGCGUUGCCUAAGCAAUUGCAUGAACCUUUGGAAUAUUUAACCUCAUCGAGUACAGUUAUUCCACUUCUUCUGUUAUUGAUUCUCAUUAUAUACUACUUAGUUUCUCUAACAGGAGCACUGCGUGAAGCUAACCAGGAUUUACGUACGCAACUACAGAAGGAACGUGAAGAGGAACGCAAAAAAAUAUUCAAGGUACCAGAAACCAAACAAACUGAACCCACGGCAGCUACUUUAACCAAUAGGUGGCGGAAAGUUCUUGAAGCUUCUUCACCAAUAACACCAACACAGCCGCCAGAUUUUAAAUCGGAAGAAUAUAAAAAUCAGGCUAGGAAAGAACUAAUAACGCGCAUAAUGAAAGAAGCUCUUCGAAAAGGAUCAGCCACAUCUGAUGAUGAUUCUUUUUUGCGCAAUAAGCGAGAUGAGGAUGAUACGGAUACCGAGUAUAAUGAAUCACUACCAGAUGAUGAAAAAACAAAAGGAAAACAAUUUGGUCUUUCUAAGCUGCAACAAAUACGUCGCACACGGAAACCAUCUUUAGUAGAUAUAGUUCAGAUUGCAAAAAGUGAACGGGAACGAGCAGCAGGAAAGGAUGUGCAUUCAAAAGGACGUUUGAAAAUAGAAAAACAUGACAAGCGUUCUAAAGAUAAACUUUUUAAUAAAGAAAACAAUACGGAAACCGUUCAACUAAAUAAUAUGGAAGAAAAAGAAAAUACUAUGAAUUCAAAAAAAAUUAUUUCAAUGUCUUCUAGUGAUAAUGAUUUUCAAAUUAACUCUAGAAUUGUGAAUGAGCGUCGCCAAAGCCUUAUGCGCAACGAAAACGAAAUCGAUGAUGAGCACUAUAAUGAAAUGAAAAGUAAUGAAAAACAGACCCAGAACACAGAGAAAACAAAUUUUCAAAAUAAUGAAGCGAAAAAUUCUGUUAAUCCAAUUCAAAAAGCAGAUGAAACGAACUUGAAAAUUAAGGAAUUUUUAAAAUCUUCUCCUAACGAUAAAAGUAAAUUCGAAAUUAUAGAUGAGAAAAAAUCGUUAUCUGAUCCUAUUACAGAUUCUCCUAUCCAACACAAAGAAACUAUACUGCAACAUAUGCAAAACGGUGCAAAGUCUAAACACAAAAGGCACAAAACCAAAACCACAGCGAGUGUCAUUUCCAUAGAACCAGAAGUAUUUAAAUUUGAUGAAAAAUCUAUUGAAAAAUCGAAUUCAUUUGAAAAAGAAUUAAAAUCAAUGGGAAUACCUGCUACACCAACGAGUCCAGAUAUUUCUACAGAGUCACAUGUGGCAAAGAAUAGUAAUGUACCAAUAUUUAUAACACCUAGUAGUCAUAAGGACGCUAACAACACUGAUCUACUAAUUAAUCUCUCAAGACAAGGUCGCAAGAAAAUAGGUUCACUUUUGGCACUUGUCCGUGAAGCCGUAAACACUAAGAAAGCUGAAGAAGAACAACUACAAGUCAAUAUCAAUUCCAAUCAUCAAACCACAAACGCUUUUAGCGCAAGUAGCAAAAACAAUAAUAUCAAUAAUAACACAGCCAUUGAUAUGCCGUUAACUCCUGAAGCAUUACUACCACAUCAACUACCUACUUAUGCGCAAGUUGCUGCAUUUAAGCAACCACAAGCUCAUGCACCACUGGAGGAUGCUGAAGAAUUAGAUGAACCUACGCCCAUUUGCUUUCCUCAUCGCACCGUUUCGCAAAGUCAUCGCGCAAUGACUAUACGUCAAGACUCUCAAACUUCAGUUUGGUCAGACAAUAUACCUACCAUUACCAUAAGUACAACAGGAAGCGAAGAAUGCAUUGCGGAACUAAAAGAAGUGCCAACCUCAACUAAUGCUACAACUCCUACGAGUCCAAAAAUUAACAUAAUUAAAAUUGAAAUGGAAGUGGAACAGGAAGAGGAUAAAAACGACAAAGAUAAUAACAAAUGAUAUAAUUAAGCAAUUCGUUUUUCGUUUUGAAAUAAACAAGUUUCUUCUUUCGCUU